AUGAUGGACUCUCACGACAAUCGGACUGCCGGCGGCGACAACAACCACAGCGCCGCAAUGGACGCCGCCGCCGCUGCCAAACCAUCUCACAGCACCCGGCGGCACAAACCCUCCGCCUCCCUGGGCUCCUUGUACGAAGUCCUCGCCGACCUCGACGACAACCAGCUGCAGUACCUCAUCCAGGAGAUGAACCACACAGGCCACCAAAACGUCCCCGUGUCCCAGGCCGUCUCGGCGUUCGAGGCCUUGAGCCCAUCCGCUGAGCCCUUUGCCGUCGCCGAGACGGGCUUCCACGCCCCCGCGCCCGACUCGCCGGCCCGGGAACGGGAACGGGAACCGCCGCGUCACCUCUCAAAGUCGCGUCGAGGAAGGCUCUCUCUGCAGACGGCGUUCCAGAGAGCUCCGUCAUUGAAACUGAGACAGCGGCAGCAGCAGCAGCAGCAGCAGCCAGAUCUUGACAAUGCGAGAGAGGACCAUCUUCGCCGCAGCAGCACCAUCCCCUACGUCUCCGAAGGACCUCAGAUCCACCGGUCUGCCAAGGGCUAUGGUGACCUAGUCUCCGGUCCCGAGAGCAGCCGCACACCGCCUGCCGGCGGCCCCGUCGUCAUAAGCGGGCUGUCCGAACCGACGACACGGCCCCGUCGGUACGAGGACGCCGUCAUCCAACCUCCACCACCACCACAACCAACACUAUCUCAUCAACAACCGCAACCGCGUCGGCCCUCCACCAACGGACCCCGAACGGGGCCACCCGCCUACCGCCGGAUUCCCCGGCCGGACUUUAACCUCCCUGACGGGAUAACAGUCACUGACCUCCUCCACCUUCUCGAGAUGGAGUACCUGUCCUCGAAUCGACAGCCAUCCCCUCCCUCUCGCAGAUCCUCCUCCUCCUCCACCUCCUCAUCCAUCUCCCGCCCCUCCAACUCGUCACCCUCGCCCUCAUCACCAGCCUUAGCCACGCGCCUCUUCCCCCCACCAUCAAGAUCAUUCUCCCAGGCCCCCAAUCUACACGGCCACUCGCCCCUACGAAGGUCCUCGUCGCGGUUGGACCUCGCCCUGGGCGCGGAGCAAUCAGCCUCCGGAGCCGCCGAGAUUGGAAUGGGUAUGCUCGAGCCCCGCCAGCUGCGGUCCGUCUCGCUCGGAUUCCCCGUGGCCACGUCCAUGUCCAUGGACGCGUUGAGCCGGAGUCUUAAGGGCGAGACGCGCCCUCCAGCACCCGCGCCUGUCUUUGAAGGAAUCUCUGACGUGUUGGAGAACCAGUAA